GAUUCUUAGUCCCUCAUGGGGACCUUUGCCCCACCACACCCCAGCCCUGACAGCCUGUCUGCUCUGUGCUACUAGGACCUCCAGGCCCAGCUGGGUCCCAUAACUUUGGAGUAGCUGCUUCAGACAAGGAAAGCACCAAGCUUUCGUGGUCAAGGGAGCCAUGGAGGACAGAGCUGGUCAGCGAGAGCAGGAGAGAUCCAGCCUUCGUCUGGAAAAGCUACAGCACUGGGCAAGGCACAGACAGAGUGGGCACCUCUUGGUGCUGGCGGUGAGCCAGCUAUGGCUGGCAGUGGCUCUAGUGCCUUUUGCUGUCUCAGUUGCCUGCCUGAACUCUGACUGUCACAUGGCCACAGCACUACCGCUUGGACCUGGAGCAUCGGGUCUCUUCACUGGGAUUGUUACCCUUGAGCUGCGCAGAGCACCCCGCCUCUGGAAGGUACGGGCCAUGAUGAUAUUCAACACCUUCAAUCUGAUCUUUGGCUUCGUCGUGGUGGUGGUCGAGGUGAUGAAGACAGUCUUGGGGCCUGUCCCAACUGCCCCCUCCCAGUUGGACAGGUUGCUGGUGCUAGAGAUCAGCACUGAAGCCUUCACCCUGGGGGGAGUGUUGCUCUCAGCAUACUCCCUGUUCCUGCUGAGCCAGAGGAAGCCAGGAUGCUAUAGGAGCCAGAGUCUGCACUACCAGGAGCUGCAGGAGGGUCUCUCUGAGUUGGAGGAAGUUACUGAUUUGGAGAAUCGUCCCACAAUGGCUAGCACAACAAACGGAACAAAUGAGUGAACUGGCAAGGGAAGCAGGCAGGUGCUGCUCUCCUGCCCUGUGGUAGCGUUCUCCAGACCCUCCUGCACCCCACCCCACCAAAGUCAGAAGCUAGAUGGAGUCCCUUGAGAUCAACAUGAAGUCUGGUGGAAUGCCUUCAGUUUUCACUCAAACUAGGCCCCUUUCUCUUCUAAGGGAAGCUAUACCUAGAUCAGCGUCUUCCCUCACCUCACUGCCCUGAAAAGCUGCCUGCCUGCAGGGCAUCCUUAAACCAACUUUCAUCUAUACCCACUUCCUCCCUUCCAUCUUUAUCCUUCCCCACGGCCUCCCCAUACAGCUUAACAUCUGCCUCAUCUCACUACUUCUCUUCUUUCCACCUUUCACAAUCCCACCCACUCCGAGCCAGGGUUCCCCUGCCUGCCCACUCUCUGAAAUCAAUUAUUGGUGCUUUAGUUCCCUUCCCUCGGAUCCGUUUCCAUUCUAGUUUAGCGGAGACUACAAAUCCCAGGAUGCCUCGCUACCCCGUGGCCUGCUGGGAAAUAAAGAGCCUUUUCUCCGCGGUGGGGGCGCUGUGCAUCUGCUGAGUGACGCGAGGUGCUGGAAGUCCGGGCCUAGCUGAGUUUCCUCGGACGCGACCACUGGCCCCACGUUUAGGGAGGAGCCGGGCGGGUUAUUCUGCGCGGGGGCGCCGCCGCCCCAACCUCAGCAACUGAGAGCAGACUGUGGCGCCACACUCCUCUCUCUGCCAGCUUCGGAGACAGGCAGGGUCUGGGAGCUGACCCUGGGCAGAGCUGGGAUUCCCCAGAUACUGUCGCCGCGCCCCCUCCUACAGUGCCCAGGUCCAAAGUCCUGAGACUUGGAGCGCGCGCGAGAAAGGGUUGGAGAUGAUGAGUCAGAAUCCCCGGGCUCUUCUCGUCCCCCUCCCCCGGAGCCUGGGCGCCUGAGGAGGACCUGCUCGCUGGGCAGACGGGUGGACGGGGCAGGAAGAGGGAGGGACGCGGCGACCCAACCUAAGACUUUCCCGCCUCUUGAGAGCACGCGGGUGUAACGAGCCCGCGUGGCCGCCACCCCUUCUUUCCAAAACGGUAGCAGGACUGCGCAGGCUCAGCCUGUCUGCAGCGCCGCCGACCUUUGAUCCCGGCUGCGAUCCGGUGGCUGAAGCUCUGGUUGCUCACAACCCCCACCGUUUAUGACCUUUGCUAGUGUGCAAAGAUGACAAGCUCAGGUGGACUUGAGAAAAGCCCAGGAAAACUGGGAGGCCCAAUAGUACUAAGCCGGACAACCUACCAGCCGCCAGAGAAACUAGAAAUUGACCAGAGCUGGAGUACUAAAAGAACUCACCC